AUGGAGAAGCCGCGGCGGGCGGUGGUGGUGACGGGGUUUGGCCCCUUCGGGGAGCAUGCUGUCAACGCCAGCUGGAUCGCCGUGCAGGAGCUGGAGAAGCUUGGGCUGGGAGCUGAUGUGGAGCUGCACGUCUAUGAGGUGCCAGUGGAGUACCAGACGGUGCAGAGGCUGAUCCCUGCGCUGUGGAAGAAGCACAGCCCCCAGCUGGUGGUCCACGUGGGGGUCUCAGGUAUGGCUACGACUGUGACCCUGGAGAAGUGUGGCCACAACGUGGGCUACAAGGGGCUGGACAAUUGCCGCUUCUGCCCUGGCUCCCAGUGCUGUGUGGAGGGCGGCCCAGAGUGCAUCGACUCCGUCAUUGACAUGGACACAGUCUGCAAGAGGGUCUCAGCCCUGGGGCUGGAUGUCACAGUCACCAUCUCCAAGGAUGCUGGCAGGUACCUCUGUGACUUCACCUACUACACAUCCCUGUACCAGAGCCGCGGGCGGUCAGCUUUUGUCCAUGUGCCUCCCCUGGGCAAGCCCUACAGUGCCCAGCAGCUGGGCAGGGCCCUGCAGGCCAUCAUAGAAGAGAUGCUGGAUGUCUUGGAGUGCUCUGAAGACAAAAUCAACUGCCAGCAUGAACAUUGAGAGUGGGCAGAAGCUACCCUAG